CUCAUACACACAUGCACCCAUAUACACUCAUACACACGCACACAUACACUCAUACACAUAUACACACAUACACACGCACCCAUAUACACUCAUACACUCAUACACACAUACACACGCACCCAUAUACACUCAUACACACGCACACAUAUACACUCAUACACGCGCACACAUAUACACUCAUACAGGCGCACACAUAUACACUCAUACACGCGCACACAUAUACACUCAUACACACGCACACAUAUACACUCAUACACGCGCACUCAUACACACGCACUCAUACACACGCACACAUAUACACUCAUACACACGCACGCAUAUACACUCAUACACACGCACCCAUAUACACUCAUACACGCACCCAUAUACACUCAUACACACGCACUCAUACACGCACUCAUACACGCACACAUAUACACUCAUAAACACGCACACAUAUACACUCAUACACACGCACACAUAUACACUCAUACACACGCACACAUAUACACUCAUACACACGCACCCAUAUACACUCAUACACACGCACUCAUACACUGCACACAUAUACACUCAUACACACGCACCCAUAUACACUCAUACACACGCACUCAUACACGCACACAUAUACACUCAUACACACGCACACAUAUACACUCAUACACAUAUACACUCAUACACAUAUACACUCAUACACACGCACACAUAUACACUCAUACACACGCACACUCAUACACACGCACACUCAUACACACGCACACAUAUACACUCAUACACACGCACACAUAUACACUCAUACACACGCACACAUAUACACUCAUACACACGCACACAUAUACACUCAUACACACGCACCCAUAUACACUCAUACACACGCACACAUAUACACUCAUACACACGCACACAUAUACACUCAUACACACGCACACAUAUACACUCAUACACACGCACCCAUAUACACUCAUACACACGCACCCAUAUACACUCAUACACACGCGCACCCAUAUACACUCAUACACACGCACACGCGCACACAUAUACACUCAUACACACGCACACGCGCACACAUAUACACUCAUACACACGCACACAUACACUCAUACACAGGCACACGCGCACACAUAUACACUCAUACACGCGCACACAUAUACACUCAUACACGCGCACACAUACACUCAUACACACGCACACAUACACUCAUACACAGGCACACGCGCACACAUAUACACUCAUACACGCACACAUAUACACUCAUACACACGCACACAUAUACACUCAUACACACGCACACAUACACUCAUACACAGGCACACGCGCACACAUAUACACUCAUACACAUGCACACAUAUACACUCAUACACAUGCACACAUACACUCAUACACACGCACACAUACACUCAUACACAGGCACACGCGCACACAUAUACACUCAUACACACGCACACAUACACUCAUACACAGGCACACGCGCACACAUACACUCAUACACGCACACGCGCACACAUAUACACUCAUACACACGCACACAUACACUCAUACACAGGCACACGCGCACACAUAUACACUCAUACACAUGCACACAUAUACACUCAUACACAUGCACACAUAUACACUCGUACACACGCACACAUAUACACUCAUACACACGCACACAUACACUCAUACACAGGCACACGCGCACACAUACACUCAUACACGCACACGCGCACACAUAUACACUCAUACACACGCACACAUACACUCAUACACACGCCCACAUAUACACUCAUACACACGCACCCAUAUACACUCAUACACACGCACCCAUAUACACUCAUACACAUGCACACAUAUACACUCAUACACAUGCACACAUAUACACUCGUACACACGCACACAUAUACACUCAUACACACGCACACAUACACUCAUACACAGGCACACGCGCACACAUAUACACUCAUACACAUGCACACAUAUACACUCAUACACGCACACGCGCACACAUAUACACUCAUACACACACACACAUACACUCAUACACAGGCACACGCGCACACAUAUACACUCAUACACAUGCACACAUAUACACUCAUACACAUGCACACAUAUACACUCGUACACACGCACACAUACACUCAUACACACGCACACAUAUACACUCAUACACACGCACACAUACACUCAUACACACGCACACAUAUACACUCAUACACACGCACACAUAUACACUCAUACACACGCACACAUACACUCAUACACAGGCACACGCGCACACAUAUACACUCAUACACGCACACGCGCACACAUAUACACUCAUACACACGCACACAUACACUCAUACACAGGCACACGCGCACACAUAUACACUCAUACACAUGCACACAUAUACACUCAUACACAUGCACACAUAUACACUCAUACACAUGCACACAUAUACACUCGUACACACGCACACAUACACUCAUACACACGCACACAUAUACACUCAUACACACGCACACAUACACUCAUACACACGCACACAUACACUCAUACACACGCACACAUAUACACUCAUACACACGCACACAUAUACACUCAUACACACGCACACAUACACUCAUACACAGGCACACGCGCACACAUAUACACUCAUACACAGGCACACGCGCACACAUAUACACUCAUACACACGCACACAUACACUCAUACACAGGCACACGCGCACACAUAUACACUCAUACACAUGCACACAUAUACACUCAUACACAUGCACACAUAUACACUCAUACACAUGCACACAUAUACACUCAUACACACGCACACAUAUACACUCGUACACACGCACACAUACACUCAUACACGCACACAUAUACACUCAUACACACGCACACAUAUACACUCAUACACACGCACACAUAUACACUCGUACACACGCACACAUACACUCAUACACACGCACACAUAUACACUCAUACACACGCACCCAUAUACACUCAUACACGCGCACGCAUAUACACUCAUACACACGCACACAUAUACACUCAUACACGCGCACCCAUAUACACUCAUACACGCGCACCCAUAUACACUCAUACACGCGCACCCAUAUACACUCAUACACGCGCACACAUAUACACUCAUACACGCGCACACAUAUACACUCAUACACACUCACACAUAUACACUCAUACACACUCACACUCAUACACGCGCACACAUAUACACUCAUACACACGCACUCAUACACGCGCACCCAUAUACACUCAUACACGCGCACCCAUAUACACUCAUACACGCGCACCCAUAUACACUCAUACACGCGCACCCAUAUACACUCAUACACGCGCACCCAUAUACACUCAUACACACGCACACAUAUACACUCAUACACACGCACACAUAUACACUCAUACACGCACACAUAUACACUCAUACACACGCACCCAUACACACUCAUACACACGCACACAUAUACACUCAUACACACGCACUCAUACACACUCAUACACACGCACUCAUACACACGCACACAUAUACACUCAUACACGCGCACCCAUAUACACUCAUACACGCGCACACUCAUACACACGCACACAUAUACACUCAUACACACGCACACAUAUACACUCAUACACGCACUCAUACACACGCACACUCAUAUACACACACACACACAUUUACACUCAUAUACACUCAUACACACACACGCGCACACAUAUAGUCACACACCCAUACACUCUCACACACACACUCGUAUACACACACCCAUACACACACACUCGUACACACGUACAGUCACACACACACACAUA